AUGCCGCCUAGAAAAGGCCUGACUUGCAAAGAAGACCGAGAGUUUAUCCAUCCGGGCGAGAAGAGCUCCAUCCGCAGCGAGCCGACUUGGGGAAAUGACUUUUGCAAGUGGAAAAUCACCACCACGCCGGGACACGUUAUCAGAUUCAAAUUCGAGGAAAUGAGCGUCGACUGUCGCGAGAACGUGAAUGGGUUUUUCUUCUUUCGGGACGCGUCUAAACUGGAAGGCGGCUACCACAAGGCGCCAAUUUGCGGCUCCGAUCGGCAAUACUUCGAAAUCUACUCGGACGAGCACCAAAUAGACCUCGUUUUCAAGUCCAAGUCGCAGGAGCCGACGGUUUUUGAGAUCAGCUUCGAGUCCGUGGAAGCUCGCCUGGCGCACGGGCAGCUCCAUGUGUCGGAGAUCGACUCAGCUGCGAAUUUGUAUAAGCUGCGGCAAAACAUGGAGCGGCCCCUGCCCCCCGUGCGGUUGAACAGCAUCGCUCGGCCGCCCUUCGACCAGUCUCCAGUCCUCCUCGCUCGGACGCCCGCCGCUCCCUCUUCCUCCAACUCGCCGGCUUUGCUCAGCCAGCCCUGGCUCCUCCUCGUCAGCGCUACCUUGGCCGUGCUGCUGAUGGGCUGCCUGAGCUGCGUGGUCUUUUACUGGCGGAAGCAGAAGAAGCGCGAGCGCACCACCUCCGAAAGCCCCGUGCUCGCCUCCUCCCAGCCAGUCUCACAAGUGUCAAAAAAUCAUAAGCGGCGACCCGCGCCGCUGCACUCUGGAAUCAACGACCAGAAAGUCCACCGCUUCAAGUCGUAA